AUGAAGUUUGAGAAAGCAAGGCCAUUCAUGGCCAUUGUUUUCAUUCAGUUUUUGUAUGCAUUGAUGUCUAUAGUAGCGAAACUAGCUUUGAACCAAGGGAUGAGCCCUCAUGUCUUAGUUGCUUACCGUAUGGCAGUUGCUGCAGCUCUCAUUACUCCUUUUGCUCUUGUUCUUGAGAGGAACUCAAGACCAAAGCUGACUUUCAAAAUUUUAUGUCAAAUAUCCAUCCUGAGUUUAUUUGAGCCUGUGAUUGAACAAAACCUGUACUACUCAGGGAUGAAACUUACUACUGCCACAUUCACAUCAGCUCUGUGCAAUGCACUUCCUGCAAUGACAUUUAUAAUGGCUUGCAUUUUCAAACUCGAGAAGGUGAAUAUCAAAAGGCGUCACAGCCAGGCAAAGCUGGUGGGAACCAUGGUGGCUAUUGGAGGAGCAAUGAUCAUGACAUUAUACAAAGGGAAUGUCAUUGAGUUGCCUUGGACAAGCAAGCCAUGGGGGAUUAUUGGGAAGUCACAUGCUAUGAAUACUCCAAAGGAGGAGGAUAUAGCAAAAGGAUCAAUUAUGCUUAUAGCAAGCUGUUUCAGUUGGUCAUGUUACAUCAUUUUACAGGCAAACAUUAUGAAUACAUAUCAAGCUGAGCUCUCGUUAACAGCACUUAUGUGCAUUAUGGGGAUGCUGGAGGCUAGUGUUAUAGCAUUGAUAUGGGAAAGGAAGAACAUGUCUGUCUGGAAAAUCCACCUUGACAUGAAGCUUUUAGCUUCAAUAUAUGGGGGACUUGUCUCAGGGUUAGCAUACUAUGCUAUUGGAUGGGCAUCAAAGAAGAGAGGGCCUGUGUUUGUGAGCGCAUUUAACCCCCUCAGCAUGGUCAUCGUUGCUAUUCUGAGUUCCUUUGUUUUCUUGGAAAAACUCCACCUAGGAAGGGUUGUUGGAGCAGUUAUCAUCGUCUUUGGAAUAUAUUUGGUGCUAUGGGGUAAAAGCAAGGACAAGAUAGAGCAGGUUUCACCAAACACCGGGUGUGCAGAGAAUGUGGUAAGAAAUGACGAGCAGAUGGUUCGGACGCCUGAUAGUAACCAAGUACUACCCAUCCAUGACCAGUUAAUGAUCCCAAAGGCAGCAACUCAGUCUCAGUCAGUCUAA